AUGGCUAAAUCCAAAACCAAGACCAGAACCACGACGCAGAGCCCAUCAUCUCCCGCGCCCACCCUCCUCCCGCAGACCGCCACGGCGCCGUCAUCACCACGACGCUCCCUCCUGCAGCAAACCUCCAAGUUUCUCAACACCACCGCCGGUCUGGACCUCUCCCUGCGCCUCAUCCAUGGCCUCGUCAUCAUCUCCGCCCAAGCGUCCUCUCACGAACUCGUCGCGACGAGGAGCGUCAUUGCGUCUUGGCAACUCAACCUCGCACGACGGUAUUUGAGAUUUUUCGUCUUGUUCGAUUGUAUCCAGAAUGUCCUCGACACCGCAGGGAGAGAAUACGCCUCGCUGGCGUACAAGACGCUCGAUCUGGUCGAAUGGAGCUGUCUACUCCUCUACUUUGCCCUCGAGAACCUGACCAUGCUCCACGACAUGAAGAUACACGUCGUGCCCUGGUACACGCCCGUACUCGUGGAAGCCAACAAGUUCUGGUUCUACGCCAUCCUCGCCUCCAUCGUCCGCACCGUCGUCCAGCGCGCCGGUAUUUUCUCCGGCACCGUCAAGCCCUCCAAGAGCGGCAAGAAGCAAGCCCUGCAGAGCCGGCCACCGCCGCCGCUGAGGCGCCUCGUGAUUGACGUGCUGGAUCUGACCCUGCCCGCGUCCUUUAUCGGCUGGGUCGCGCUCGACGACGUGACGGUUGGCUGCUUCAUGACCCUGAGCACGAUUCUCGUGUGGCAAGACGUCUGGGCAAAGGCGCAGUAG